AUGGUGUCGGUCUUGCUGGAUGAAUUGCCGUGUCUUAUUGACGAAGCCGAUGAGCUCAUGGCACUUCUCAGUAGCCACAAGACGUUGUUGAAGACGAGGUUGAAGGGGGCAAAAGUGUCAUUUUCUACAGAGAAAGAGGAAUCCACGGAGUCGUCAGAAGAUCUCAAACAACCCAGUUCUGGACAUUCAUUUUCAUUGACUCCUUCAACCGAGCGAAGCUCAAGUAUGACGAAUACCCGGCAAACUCUGGACGAUGUCGACAUCAAGUUUUUCUCUAGACAAUAUUUGACAAUGCAGUCGAUAUCGUUUGAGAAAAUGAACGCGAACUUGCCGGCUGGAGAUCUCGACCGCAAAGCCUUGUACAAUACUGCUGCCAGUAUUUACCAUCUCAUGAAGCGUUUGCAUCAUUGGCAACAGGCUGCGUGGGAGUCACUGACCACGUUUUUUGCUGACAACAGCAGCAGCGAUUCGUGUCUGCUGACUUUUGACAGUCACCCGGAACUCACACGGCUCGUACUCGCUACUGUUACCAAGUACGUCAGGGUGAACCUGUUGUGGACCUCGUUCAAUACCAUUCCGGGGCUGCUUGCGAUCUACAGCUUUCUCCAUCACGUCCAGACUGUAGGGUUAGACAACGGCACAACAAACGCAGUGUGUACGCCACUGGAGCACACUGAUCAUGGUGUGCGUGAGUUUGUGCUUCACUUCGGUACAGCCCCAAUGCUAGCGAUCCAGAGUGAUUUCCAGGUUCAAGUCACUGAUAAAGGAACAUCCCUUGCUGCACUUGCACUCUCGUGCUUCGAGCGCUACGAAGCCUGUUGCGAUCUUGCCAAACUCCGACAUCAAGGCGUGUUUGACCUUGAAUCACUUGUGAGUGGUGCUUACGCAUCACAUCCUAGCCUUCCAGAUCUUCUUAAUGCUGCUGACGUUGUUGACUGGGUUAUCUGUGUGGUGCUCUGUGUUCCUCAUCAACUUUACGCGGGAGAUAGUAGAGCUGCAUCAAUGUCAACACCGCCACCAUUGUCUGCCAAUUCUCCGUCGUUCUUGUGGGAUUUCAUGGACAUGAUCGCUCGAGAUCGCCUGGUGUUCACUAUCCAUCGCAACCACGUCGUCAAUCUCCACGACUUGCUUUACCAGCAAGUUACAUCUUCGUUAUCCACUUCCGUCCUCAGCCCCGAGACUUCUUCUCUCCCCUCGUUUGGGAAUAGUCGUUCUUCCCUGCCUCUGAAGAAAUCUAUGAAUGCACUGAGUAAAUAUGCUUUGAGGAACUGUGGGGUGAACCAUCGACAGCGUCGAGAAGUGGCGAUUUGGCUUACUCAUAAUUGCGUGCAACUGAUGCAGCACAAUCCAGGACUGGCGGCUCCUUCCUUUCCACUGUUCCUAGCAACGUUAGCCAUCGCUCGUGAUGAGGUUGAAUGGGCCAUGUGUCACGGGAUUCGAAACUUAAAUACCAAGUCACCUCUGCUUCCAAGUCACAUUAAAGCCAAGCAUUGGCAGCGAGUACAAUCGAGCUUUAGUGGUGCUGAAAGAGAGAUAGCGGACUUAUUAACUCACUGUCAUCACCUCCGACGGCUUCUGGAAGAACAUUCGCACUUCUUAGCUGAAUAUUACCAGACGUUCCUUAUAAACGGAGAUGCUGAUGGGAUCGCGUAUACUAUUCAAGAACUCUUCUACGCGAAUGAUUCGGCUUCAGAACUGGAGUCUCUCCUUGAAGGAUUUUUAGACAAUGAACGGUAUCGUAUCAAUACCUCAUCGUCACACCGAGCUACGUGGGUCCGGGAAUGGCGUCAAGCAAAUGCUCACUUCGUCACACAAACUCAAUUACCGCUACUGGACGUACUACGUGAUCGAAUGGAGUGUGCAGUUAGACACACACAAUACAUCUGUGUGAGCUCUCAGUUGAUUGAGCAGACAGCGAGUUUUUCCAAGUGCUGGUGGUUCCGUGAUCUUAUCUUCGAGCAGUGUUUCGAGCAGAUACUGGCUACGACACCGUCGUCUGCUGUCGGGCUGUUGCAGAUCCUGUCGAGUCUGGUAGAGGGGAACUACGUUCUUGAUGAGCUCGUAGAUGCUGAAGAAGUGACGCAGCAGUCGGAGCGAAUGGUACAACGCUUGGAUCGGAUGCGAACGAGUUUAGUGGAUCAAGUGGAGCUUGGGCUUGUGGCGGUGGUGAAGCGAGACAUCAGUCUUCAAAGAGACGAGAGCUUUGCACUUUUGGAAGAGAAACCUGAACCAGUGAAAAACAAGGUCACGGCUAGCAACCGAAGGCUUUCUAGCUUUUCGCGUGCACAAUCGAGCCAAUUGCUGCGGCCAGGAAACACUGAAUUGCGACUAGCUUCUCCAACCGCCUCUGUGGUAACCCGCAAGACCGACAGUAACAGUAAAAUUAUUGCGGUAUCAGCUAAACCAGAGCAGAUCCACGACGAAGAACACAGCUUGAGACUCGUUCGCGCGCUGUUAGACCACACUGGACUGGAGAGCACCAUGAGAGACGCCAUCGUUAGCCGUGUUCGGAGUUGUUUCGUCCGCUACGUGAGAGGAUUCGUGACUUUUUCGGGGUCCUUCAAGCCUACCGAUGGAGUAGCGUUGCGCUGCUCCGUACGAGACGCCUGUGUACAGAUUCGAUGUUUUUUUAGAGCUACCCAGAGAUUGUUUGGGGGCAGCGGCGAGGUGAAGGAUACAUGCGAAGUCUCGUUGGGUGGAUCCGUCCAAGUCGUCCUUACUAAGGUUUUGGCAGGCGAAUGCAGCGGCUCGACUUCAAUUCUUCCCCAAGACAAGAAAUUGUUGGAAUGGACAAUAGAGUCUCCUCUUGUGUCCGAAAAGGAGUUCGAGCAGUGGUCUCUGGUCGACAGACUGUCGUGGCUUUAUGUCUCUCUCGUGACUAGAAAAUGUCAUCCUUCACCUUCUACAGCGGGAUCAACGCCGCCAGUGUUGGCUGCGGUACGCAAACGCUGCUUUGUAUUCGCUCCUGGAGUUUCAAGUGAGUUGGACCCGCGAGAUUACACAGACCCUGAAGCUCUGCAACAUCUUGUAACAUUGAUAGGCUCGAAUGGUGUAGAGACUGUAUCCUCAACCAUCGCGAAUCUGGUGGUAGCUCAAACGCUAAAGCUGCGGACUUCAAUCGAGGCAGAACACGCUGUUCUGGCGUUCCUGGAUAUGGCAAUGGGCAACAGCUCCAAUGUCGACUUUGUGUUCGCUACAGCUCAAGUCCGAGCUCUGGACGACAUCGCUACUCAACUCGUUCAGAUUGGGACAGCAGCCUUCUUAUUGCAACUGCUACACGAUUACACUCCGCAUGACGCGUCAGACGCGUGGGAGGUUCGUGUAGCGCCUCAGCUUCUCCGUGAGCUACAACAAGAUCCAGACCGACGAGCCACGUGGGCACGGCUCCUACCAGUUGCCUGCUGUUCUGGUUUCCAUUCGAGUGUGUGGAAACAGACAACGUACGUGUCCAGCGUGGAGGCUACGGACACAAACGCGCACAUGAUGGGACUGGCCAUGGCUCGACUGCUACCUUCACCUCAUAGCAGUCAAGCCAUGCAUCGCUGUGCGGUGGCAGCGCUAAAACGAACAGCUGCAGACACAGCACACGCACACGCAGGUCGUUCGAAACAGCAACUUGAAGCGAGGGUAUCGACGAGACCACUAUUGGAAGCUCUGGAGCUGCUGGUGACAACUGCAGCCUCGGGGGGUGGUGAAGCACAAGGAUCGGUGCUCGGAGAGCUGGAGCUGUCGCUUGAGCACCUGCUGCCGCACGCGAUGUUGGUAUUGCACUGA